UUAUCCAUCACCAUCAAUCAAAAUCCGACCAACUUGUCCAUGUUGUGUUCUAAAAUAUUUUACAUAUGAAAUUUAAAACAUUAUAUCCUUGUAUUAAUUAUUACUGAAGACCUAUCUAUCGUUUUAUAUUUCAAACAUGUUAGAUUUUACUAACAAAAAAAUUUUAGCACCUAUGGUUCGUGUUGGAACUUUGCCUAUGCGUUUGUUGGCUCUAGAAUGUGGAGCAGAUAUAGUUUAUACUGAAGAAAUUAUUGAUUACAGACUUUUGAAGUGUAAAAGAGUUGAAAAUAAACUCUUAAAUACUGUGGAUUUUAUUGAUGAAGAUCAAAAUGUUGUAUUUCGAACUUGCGAAAAAGAAAAAAAGAGCCUUGUUUUGCAAUUGGGUACUGCCUCUCCAGAAAGAGCUUUAAAGGCAGCAAAAAUGGUGGAAAAAGAAGUCUCUGCUAUUGAUGUUAACAUGGGUUGUCCUAAAGAAUUUUCAAUAAAAGGAGGUAUGGGUGCUGCAUUGUUGACCAAACCAGAUAAAGUAAAAGCAAUAUUAUCUACUUUGACCGAAGGUCUGUCUUGUCCAGUUACUUGUAAAAUUAGAAUUUUGCCUGAGUUAGAUAAAACUCUGGACUUGGUAAAACUUAUUGAACAGACAGGAGUGUCGGCUAUUGCAGUUCAUGGUAGAAUCAUGGGAGAGAGGCCACAACAUAAAAACAGAAACUAUGUCAUUAAAGCAAUUGCAGAAACUAUUUCUAUACCUGUUAUUGCAAAUGGUGGUUCAGGAGAGAUUAAUUCUUAUGAUGAUAUAGAAAAGUUUCGCCAAGUAACUUGUAGCUCAUCUGUGAUGAUAGCAAGACAAGCUGAAUGGAAUUGUUCUAUAUUCUGUAAAAAGGGAAAAUUUCUUCUGGAUGAAAUUAUUGAGAAGUAUAUCAAAUAUUCAAUUGAAUAUGAUAAUAAUGUAUGGAAUACAAAGUACUGUAUACAACAAAUGCUUGGUUCUCUGCAAGAAUCUGAGAGGGGAAAGAUGUUACUAGGUGCGCAGGAGAUGGAUGUUAUAUGUGGGCUUUGGAAUUUGUCAGAUGCUCUUAACCAAAAACGAGCUGAAAUGAAAUCAAAAGCGGAAACAUUGAAACGAUUUCCUGACCAAGAUAUUGAACUUCAAAUUGCUUUGAAAAGGAGACGUGUAAAUGAUGGAGAUAUAAAUGAAAUGGAUAUAAAAUUCUUAAGAACAAAUUUCGAUAUGGAUGAUCUUCCCAAAACUGUCCUGUGGAACUGGGCCAAAGGUCAAAACAUUGAUCAGCCAAAAUAUCAAACAGAUCAAUAUGAGAAAAGUUUUCAAUCUGUUGUACAUAUUAAUGGGAAAAAAUAUACAAAUUUAUGCUUGGAGAAAAAUAAAAAGAAUGCUGAACAGGCAGCUGCUUUAGUUGCGGUUAUUUCUUUAGGACUUGGGAAAAAAGACGUGAAUCUUGAGACUUGUGGUUUGGAAUCUACCAAAGAUUUUUCAAACAAAACGACACCUCCUGAUGCCCUCUGUAAUACUGAAAAUAACAAUACCCUUACCAUCAGAUGACAACAGUCUUUCAAUAGAGCAGCUUAUGUAAUUUUAAAAUACAGAGUAUUUAAUAAAAUAAUAAUUUGAUAAA